GAUACGGAGAAUACGACAAUUAUAAAAAAUAACACUGAGACGCAAUACACGGAAAUUAUAAAAAAUGACACUGUGAAGAACCACACGGAAGAAGUGAAAUAUCCGGAAUUCGAUAUAAUAUUUGAUGAAUAUGUUAAGAAACAUAAUAAAAUAGUUGACGAACUAUUAAAACCAUCUAACGAAUCUAAUGUAUUAGAACUUCCAAAAGUAAUUGUUGCCAAACCAGACAUGGUGACAGGAUAUGGAAACCGUUUAGUUGGAGUAGUUUGUGGUUUUAUAUAUUCACUACUUACUGAUAGGCUAUUUUUUAUUGAUGGUUACGAUCAUUUCGAAAGUUAUUAUGUGAAAGAUUUCGAACAUAACUGGAAAGUUGUCGAACAUUUAUAUCAACAUAGUACUUCUAGAUAUUUACAUGAUAUUAAUUCAUAUAAUGACUUUCCAUUGGUGGUGAGAGGAAACUUUAGUAACGAGACAACUGAUAUUUUAUAUGUUCACACAUGGGAUUACGUAUGUGCUCCAAUAACAUCAAAUCCUUAUUAUAAGAAUUGGUUUGAAAAAAUAAUACCUGAUUAUAGAGUUUUUACUGCAGUCAGUCUAAAUCUAUUAAGAGUACACCCAGAUAUUAACCAAAAAGUAGAGACCUUUGCUAACAAUAAUUUUAACGAUCACGUCAUAGGAAUUCAUUUUAGAGAGAAAAAGUCUCCACAUGAUUAUUUAAUACCUUUAGAACAUUACGUUAAUGUAGUGAAAAUGUUGUUGGUAGAGACGUCAAACACGAACGUAUCUUUAUUUGUGGCUGCCGAUAAUAAUAAUGGUCUUAAAAAGUUAUUAAAUUCACUUAAUGAAACAAUAAAUUCUAAUGGUUUCAACAGUUCUGUUAAGAUAUUUCAUACUGAAGAUAAUUUGGAUGCCCAUAAUCCCGUUAGUUAUAACACCGGUUCAGAAGUAGGCGCUCUUGUCGAUUUAAAGUUACUUAGCAUAUGUGAUGACUUGGUGAUAACAUAUGGUUCUUCGUUCGGUUUUCUUGCAGCAGGAUGGUCAAAAAAAGCGUCUCGUAAAAGGGGCCCAUUUAUUGUAAUGCCAAUAAAAAACUCGCCCGAGGAUUUAACGGAAGUAGAUAAAGUUUGGGUGUGGGGUGCUACAUCAAGUGAGCCUUGUAUGUACUUGAGCAAAUGGUUGAUGAAGCAUGAAGAUGAGGAAACCGUCAGAGUUUUUAAAACAAAUCCGUUAUGGAUGCAUUUUAGUCAAUGUCAUUGGCCACAUGAUUAUUGA